AUGGCAUCGAAUCCAGAUCCAGACGCCCAACGCAAUCCCCCCAGCCUGGGGUUCAAGGCGCAAAGGACAGUCCUCCGGCUUCUCUGCUCUGGGGAGGAGUAUCGAAAGCUCCAUGAAUCCGUCAUUCAGAGCCUCCCUCGAUCCAUACAAGAUAGAGCAUAUUCGCCUGCUACGUUUAAUAAUAUCAUCAAGUCAAGAGACAAGUAUACCACAGCAGCGCUACGCUCCUCCCUCCGACUGUUUUGGAUCACGCGCUUGGGUAUGAAAUUGCUGGAUUUCAUUAAAAGCCGAAUCAUAGCAAGGGCGGGUGCAUCAAGGUAUGUUCAAGGGAAACGGUCUCGUGUGAUCUACAAAAUAUAUCUAAUAUUCUUUUCUGCAAGUGCUUCCUCAAACGUGCCGUUUCGCAAUUCUCCGGCUUUCCGGCUUCCUCUAUCCUUAUCCUUGAUGCUACUUUUCCACCGAUUACUACAUCGCUUUUUCUCCCGAUUACGCGCAAAUUUGAGAACAGACAAUGCCCAGCCUUUUCGAGAGAGGAAUCCGCGCAUAUCCAAAGCGCUAACAUCGAAAUAUGCGCCAGCUAUAGGCGCCAGCUUGGCAGGCUUCUUCCUCGCUUUAUACCCACAGGCCCAGCUACGUCUUACAGUCGCCAUAUAUGCUUCCACCCGGAGCUUGGAGGUUCUGUAUAAUGCGUUGUUGGAGAAUGGAUGGCUCUCAUUUCGUCCUUGGUGGUUUGGAAGCUGGCUUCUAAUGCCACUCUCCAUGGCCCAACUCUUCCAUGCUUUUGUAUUUGAUAGAGAAGCUACACCAUCUUGGUUUGGAAACGUUAUUCUGAGGUUCACCCCAGGGUAUAUAAAGCGUCGGCCUUCAGGCCUCCCAGGAACGGUGGCCUGGCCGGAACCAUUUGAAACUGUUGAUGCAUUGGCAAAAGUUGCGGAACUCAAGUGGCCGCCCUUUACUUCUCCCAUUCUCCAUCCAAGUGUAACAGACACGCUUCCUGCCGCUGUUCAGACAAUAUCGCCCAUCACUUCUCCUGCUCACCCAGCGAUAGCCUCUCUAUCCUGUGCCUUACUACAUCCAAAAUCACCUUCCUGCUUGACCGCAUUCAUACAUCAAGUGCUUCUCUCCAUCCCGCCCCUCGUGCGUUCUGUUGCCAAGGUCUACUUGGCUCUAUCAGUAUUGAAAUUCAAGUCUUUUGUUACAUCACCAGUCACCUCAAUUAACGAGGUGUCCAAGAAGAUACUUUCCGCCACGGCAAUCAUAAGCUCGUCUAUUGGUGCGGCGUGGGGAAGCAUCUGUCUUUUCAAUGCCAUCUUGCCACGAAAAUUGUUGCCAACCCAGCGGUUCUACCUCAGUGGUGCUAUCAGCGGCCUCCCGUUCGCGGUUCUCUGCGGUUCCGGCUACCGAGCUCACUUCCUUUAUUUGUUCCGACAAGCUGUGGAAUCCGCCUGGAAAACGGGAGUCAAGCGCGGGCUCUGGCGCGGUUAUAAAGGGGGUGACUUGUGGGUCCUUGUAGCUUCUUGGGCGCUUUUGGGAGUGUUGCUGGAAAGAAACCCUGCAAAUAUCACAGACCAAGGAUUCAGGAAAGCAUUGACUUGGAUGAGAGGAGAUGGCUAUAAUGAUCUAGCUGAGCGUCGAGCAAAGAAGAGUAGAAGAGAUUCGGCAGAGCAAGCUAGGUCGUCCUAG